AUGAUAAUUUUUCAUUCAACUGGAGUGUGGCAAUGCGCUGCGCGCGAGUCGGCUCAUAUUAUUUUGCGAAAUCGACUUUUACCCGGUUUUCGGUCUUUACUAAGUCCGAGCAGUACAUUUGCAAUUCGACAAGGACAAUCCACAGCGCUCCGCAGUCCAGUUUCAUGUUUCAAUAUAAAUAUCUGCCACCGCAGUGUCCAGCUUGGAGCCCAUCAAUCGACCACACCGGUUUGCAAUCUUCAUAACUUCGUUCAUACAGAAUUACCAACGGGGAAGAUAAUGUCCGGUACUUUCGCACUCACUUCUGACGAAUUCUUCGACUUCGAAGUUUUGCGUCUCCUCUCAUCUGUACGUUAUGGCGGUGCAGACGUGGGAGAGAUUUUGAAAACCGCGGCCCUUCUCAAACCCGGUGACUUCGAAUCCUACCACGAUGCUUUCAAGAACACCGCGCUUCGCAUCAACAAGCAAGCCGACGCAAUCAAUACCGACAAGAAUCCCAUAUCUGCCCGUGAUUCCUACUUCCGUGUGUCGACUUACUACCGUGCUGCUGAGUUCUUUAUUCACGGUCAACCAAACGAUCCGCGCAUUCGCCCUCUCUGGGACCAGCAGAUGACAUGCUUCAAUAAAGCUAUCGCGCUUUUACCUCAACCGGGCGAGCGCCUUCUCCUGAAAGGAAGUGACUUUGACAUUCCUGCCAUCUUUUACCCCGCGGCGCAAGGGGCUACAACGACCCCAAAGCCAACUAUUAUCCUUGGUAACGGGUUUGACGGUUCCCAGGAAGAGCUACUUCAUGCUUUUGGCUUCGCAGCUCUCGAGCGUGGAUACAACGUGAUGACCUACGAAGGGCCGGGUCAACCAACAGUCCGCCAGCGCCAGGGUCUGGGCUUUAUCCAUGAUUGGGAGAGGGUCGUAUCACCUGUAGUCGACCACCUCUUCGCACGGCCCGAAGUCGAUUCUAAACGUGUGGCCUUGUUCGGCUUGUCUAUGGGUGGCUAUCUUUCCGUGCGAGCUGCUGCAUUCGAGCCUCGUAUCGCCGCUACCAUCGCCGUUGACGGCGUGGACGAUGUAUCAGCGGCUUUUUGCCAUAUGCUGCCACCAGCUGCAAAAGUACUCUACGAAGCCGGAGAAAAUGAUCAGGUCAACAAAUUCGUGGAAGAGUUGUUUGCAAGCGGCAAAGCGCCGACUGCGCUGCGAUGGGGGGUCGAGCAUGGAAUCUAUAGCUUUGCAGCCGAAAGUCCUACCGAUUUUCUGAAUCGCACAAAGCUGAUGACGCUGGCGGGUAUUACUGAUAAGAUCAAGCGACCGGUACUCAUUUGCGAGGCAUCAAACGACCGGUUCUUUGAAGGCCAGCCUGCCCGAGUGAAGGAAUCUCUGGGGGACUUGGGCACUUAUGUCAUCUUGACUGAUGAAGAUGCCGCAAGUCUACAUUGCCACGUGGGAGCUUUUACUUUUGCGAAUCAGAAUGUGUUUGAUAGGCUGGAAGACGCUCUAUCUUCCUAGGAGCUGGAGCACUCGUGAAUAUAGUUCACAUUUUUUCCGUAGUGUUAGUUGACUGAUAAGCUCUUUUACUCCAGUCAGAGAUCAUAGACUACUCCGUUCAUCAACUUUACGAUAUACUGUUCCACUUUAUCGUCACUGGUGCCAAUCAUGUGCCUAAACUUAAUCCCGGAAUUACGUGGGAAGUGAUCCCAUUGGAAUCUGGAGACGAGACCAGGUUGUCCUGAAGCUGCGGUUCCAUAUGGCGAACGCUGAUUGUUGGGGCCUCAAUGCCAGAUUCAACUCCCCCAUGAACCUCUUUCACUGUAGAGCCAAGCCUGCGUCGAGCGCAGGCUGCUGAAGCGUUUCGAC